AUGGCACUGCUCGAUGCAUUGCGCCGAUCGCUGAGUACAGUUCUCCUGUUGACCAUUGGGGCAGUCCGCUCCGCUAUUCUGCUCAUUCAGAUUGGCAUCCUGAUUUUAUUGAAAGGAAGAGCCGCUCUGAAGCCUAGAGAACGCCAGGAACCAGAAUGCCUCCAAGAUCCGGCGCUGGGUGGUCACGACUUCAUCACGUUUGAGGACACCACGUUGCACUAUGUAUCAGCCGGAAAUCAAGACAAGCCUCUGGUCCUGUUGUUACAUGGAUUCCCAGACUUCUGGUUCUUCUGGAAGCACCAGAUCCUGGAUUUAAAGAAGGAUUUCUGGGUCGUUGCACUGGACCUCCGGGGUUAUGGGCGCUCAUCAAAGCCCACCCUUGUCUUCGACUAUCGUGGACCCCGGCUUGUCGAGGAUGUUCGCGGGCUCAUCGUAUCCCUCGGCAAGAAGAAAGCCAUUAUUGUGGGGCAUGACUGGGGGGCUGUCAUUGCCUGGUGGCUAGCUACAAAGUACGAGAACCUGGUGGACAAGCUGGUCAUCAUUAACGGACCCCAUCCCCUGGCUCUAAGGUACCAACUGGAACACAGUCUCAGCCAGAUGCUGAUGUCCUGGUACUUCGUGGCAUUCCAGUUACCGUGGCUACCGGAAUCCAGUUUCUGUGCCAACGACCUUCAGCUACUGGACACAUUACAUGGCGCAUACGAUGAGGAGGAGCGGGAGGCCUUGAAAUACACAUUCAGCAAGCCGGGUGCUUUCACCGGUCCGGUCAACUACUACCGAGCGUCAUUUCGACGGCAGUCUGAGGACCCGUUCGCCUACCGGCAGCUCUAUGUUCCAGCCCUGAUUGUGUGGGGAUGCCAGGACACGGCCCUGACCAAUAAUAUCGCAGCGCUCUCCCUGCAGUACGCAGGUGGCGGGCGCGUCGAGUACGUGGCCAACGCCGGCCACUGGGUGCACCGCGAGCGGCCCAAGCUCGUAAACGACCUGAUCAGGCGUUUCCUCUUGGACGAAACGAACAUGCGUUCCCAGUUCAAAUACAGUCUAAACUAGUGUAUAAAUUUGCGACUAAACCUGCUUCU